GGCCAGAGUACACAGGCCGCAAGUCCACAAGACCAGGUCCCCAUCUUCUUCCCUCUCACGAGCCUUGCAAGUUUUUUUAUCCCGUCUUUUUCUUUCAAAGUCAGGUGGGGAAGCAUGCAGGACUAUCUGAACCCUGCAUAUGCCUCUUGUUCAUAGGCUUAAGAUAAUGAACCCCUCCGACCCGCAAGGUGAAAGGGUCAGGGAGGCUCGCACACCUUAGACGCCAUGACGCUCUUGGAAAGUUGAACAGUUUUGUCAAGGAUCCACGGUGGCUGCUACUAUCGUGAGAUUUCUAAUUACUGUACAUUUUUACUACCUCCUCGGGUGGUCCUCUAGCCUUUUAACCCCCCGAUUACCUGCCGUAUUUGUAAAAGCUUUCACUACCUGACUGAGGUACCUUGGUGACUCACUUAUCUUUCUAGUUCCUCUAACAGAUUCUUGAACCUUUAUUACAUCCCUCCCACAUUGUCAACUUCCCACUCUCACUUCCCUCAACCAAGGCCUUGGCCAGCGUGUUCCUACCAGAACCCUGAACCCAAUUCAGCCAAGUCCCGUACGCUAGACACCAAACAUGGAGGCCUCAAUGUUCAAGACCCUCGUCGAGGUCGAAUCCCGCGACCUAGACGCCCACCCUCCUCUCCUCCCCGCCGCCCCCGCCAAGGCCGUCCCGCGAACCUACCCGGGCGCACCACACCACCGCGACGGGUCCUCCAUCGAGCUCGCCCGUAUCGACACCACCACAGCCAACUACAACAACAACAAGAGCAGGGCCGGGACGCCGCGGGGCAGCGCCGGCCCUUCCCGGGCACAAUCGCCGUCCCGGACCCCCGGCUCCGGAAGCGAUAUCGAGAUGAGCCGGCCCUCGACGCCGACGGCCUUUGACGUCUUGCAGAGCAUCACCGACCCGCACAUGAACCGCUACCGCAUGGCAGCGUCGUGUCUCAUGAACUUUGGCAACGGGCUCAACGACAGCGCGCCGGGUGCCUUGAUCCCCUACAUGGAGAAACACUACGAUAUCGGCUACGCGAUCGUAUCCCUGAUCUUCAUAGGCAACGCCUUCGGCUUCAUCUUCGGCGCCGUCUUCCUCGAAUCCCUACGCCUCAAGCUCGGCCGCGCCCGCCUCCUCGCCCUCGCCCAGUCCAUCAUCACAAUCGCCUACGCGCCCAUCCUCGCCCAGGCCCCUUUCCCCGUCGUCGUCGUCUCCUUCUUCCUCAUCGGCUUCGGCAUGUCCAUCACCCUCGCCGUCAACAACGUCUUCUGCGGCUCCCUCCGCAACGCCACCACCGCACUCGGCUUCAUGCACGGCGCCUACGGGGCCGGCGGCACCGUCGGGCCUUUGAUUGCUACCGCGCUCGUCACGGCUGCGAAGGCAAGGUGGAGCACGUAUUACUUUAUCCCCCUCGGCCUCGCUAUCUUCAACGGCGUGUUCUCGACCUACACGUUCUGGCACUACGAGCGGGACCUCCCCGCCGGCGGCGCCCAACCUACGCCCGCCGCCGAGGCCGCAGCAGCAGCCAAUACGUCGUCGUCCUCCCAGCUCCUGAGCAUGUUCACCGCCCUCAAAAUUCGCAUCGUCCUCCUGGGAGCCCUCUUCGUCUUCGCCUACCAGGGCGCAGAGGUCUCCAUCUCUGGCUGGGUCAUCUCCUUCCUCAUCGCGACGCGCAACGGCAACCCGGAAUCCGUGGGCUACGUCACGGCCGGCUUCUGGGCGGGCAUCACCAUCGGCCGGCUCUGCCUCUCGCACCCGGCCCACCGCGUCGGCGAGAAGCUGUUCGUGUUCCUCGCCACCGUCGGUGCGGCCGUCUUCCAGCUGCUCGUGUGGCUGGUGCCCAACGUCGUCGGCCCCGCCGUAUCGGUUGCGAUUGUCGGGUUGUUGCUGGGGCCGAUUUACCCGUGCGCGGCGGCCGUCUUCAUGAGGGGGAUGACGAGGACGGAGAGGGUGAAUGGAAUGGGAGUGAUUAGUGCGUUUGGAAGCUCCGGGGGUGCGGUGGCGCCGUUUACGACGGGUAUGGUUGCGCAGGCUGCUGGGCCUUGGGUAUUGCAUCCGAUUGCGAUUGGCUUGUUUGCCCUGAUGAUGGCUUCGUGGUAUGGUGUGCCGCACGACAGGAAGAGGAGUGUAUGAGUGCUUUGUAGAAGUUGUGGCACAUGGGGUAGAUCCCAAUGACCAACCACCCACUAGCUAUGGUCGACAAACUAUAUGGCUGACGGGAAGGGCCCCAGAGCUUGAAGUAUUUUGGGAAUUGGUUCUAAUGAUAGA